AUGAAACCUAUGAUCACUUUUCUCUUGUUCACUACUCUUAUGCUUAUAGCUUCAUCUUCCUUUGCAACCCGAUCCGUUUCAUCUGGAUCUUCUCCUUCUACUCAACCCAAAAACUCUAACCCUAACCCUAACGACAAAAACAACAACAAUAACAACAACCAAGGUGGUGGUGUACCGGGUGGUGUUUUUGGACCUGGAGGAGGGUUUAAUAUUCCAGGUUUUGGAAACGGGUUUGGUAACGGUUUUGGAGGUGGAUAUGGAUCCGGGUAUGGAGGUCCGAAUGGAGGACACUCUAAGAAUGGUAUAAUAAGACCUUCUGUUACAUGCACUGAGAAAGGUCCAUGUUAUCAGAAAAAGUUGACAUGUCCAGCUAAGUGUUUCACUUCUUUCAGCCAUUCCGGUAAGGGGUACGGUGGUGGUGGCGGUGGUGGUGGUUGUACCAUUGAUUGCAAGAAGAAGUGCAGUGCUUAUUGUUGA